AUGGAAAACCCUGUCAACUGUGACGCCGGCUCAGCUCUUACAUCACUGGGAAGAGUUGAUGAAGGAUAUGAAGGUCCGGUGGAGAAUCUGACUGGCAUUCCUGAGGGGACAAUUCUAAGCUUGGAGCCCUUACAAGAAUCCACUGGCAACACCUUCCUGAUGAUUGGCCCAAUUGAAGGAGGCUCUGCAGUGGUGUCCACCACCAAAGAGUUGGAUGCUGACUCUCUCAAGGCUCUUGCUAAUGGUUCAUCAGUCCUUACAGUAACAGCGGUGGAUGCUGACGCAACAAACGCCAACAACGUAGUCUCCUAUUCCAUCCAGGCUCCACGGCCACCUGAGUUUUCCAUUGACACCAAUGGGGUGAUCAAGCUGCUGAGGAAACUGAACUACAACGCUGCUACUAGCUACACAUUCACAGUCAUAGCACGGGACCCGCCAGGUAAGACUGCCACUGCUGCUGUGACUGUGACAGUGGCCGACUAUGACGACUUGAACCCUUACUUUGACCACAACGUCUACACGGGCUCCAUAAUGGAGAACGAGAUGGGGGAAAUGACGUCUGUCCUGCCAGAGGCCAUCAAAGCCCAAGAUGGAGACAAAGGCAUCAACCAACCAGUGGUCUACAGCAUCACUUCAGUGGCUCCAGGUGAAUUCACAGGUAACUUGGCCAUUGAUGCCAACACUGGUGUCAUCACUGUGAGAAGUGCACUGGACCGAGAACAAGUAUCAUCUAUCAACAUCCAUAUUAAGGCAGAGCAGAAUAACGAUCCUGGCAAAACGGCUAAUGCCUUAGUGGUGGUAAACGUGGAGGAUUACAAUGACAACCCCCCCGAGUUUGACAAGACCGCAUACAACGCAUCUAUUUCGGAAAAUUCUCCAAACGGCUACUUCAUUCUACAGACCAAAGUCACCGACAAAGACCUGGGAGGGUUUAUUGGGACACUGCGCCUCAUCCCAGACACGGUGCCUUUCACCAUUAGCAAUGACGGCAUCAUCACAGUGAAGACAUCAGCUGACUUGGACCGAGAGACCAACCCCAGCUUCACCUUCCAGGUGGAGGCGAGGGAGGAUGACCAUACAGAGACGGCUGACGUAGUGAUCACUCUGUUGGACGUCAACGAUAACAGCCCACAGUUCAGCAGCAGCAAGUACGAGGGCAAAGUCUUCAGCAAUCAGACCGUCGGAAUGAACGUUGUCAAGGUGGAGGCGACUGACGCAGAUGAGGGAGUGAACGGGGAGGUGACUUACUCCAUUGAUGCGGGUAACGAGGACGACCAUUUCACACUUGACGAGAACAGCGGAGACAUCACCUUGGCCAAGGUCAUCAUCCUCGAGGAUAACACAGUGAAGCGCUUCUCCCUUUACGUCACGGCCAGAGAUGGGGGCGAGAUUUCCAGGGCAUCUUCAGUACUGGUCGCCAUUCAGGCACCGGGAAACUCAGAUCCCCAGUUUACUGCAAAGAUCUACCACGCUACAGUUGAGGAAGAGAUUGACCCUCCUGUGAAGUUCCUCAAAGUUGAUUUUUAUUCUGUGAGCUCAGUUGUUCCAGUGACACUGCAGGUUAACACCUACCAGGAUCUUUUCUCCAUUGACAACAACGGCGAGCUAUCCACUAAGGCCAAGCUCGACUACGAGGUCCAGUCCAACUACACCGUAAGCAUCUCCCUGUCCGACGGAACCAAAUCCGACACGGCGGAGGUCAAAGUUCAGGUGCUGGACGUGAACGAUAACUCCCCUGUGUUCGUGGGCAACCCCUUUACGUUCACUCUGUCUGAGGAUGUGAAGCUCGGGACCAACAUGACAGUGUUGACGGCCACGGACGCGGACUCUGGUUUCAAUGGCGAGGUACGCUACUCCAUUCAGGGCGGAGGCGGUAGUUUCGAAGUGGAUCCCAAAACAGGACGCAUCACCGUGGACAAAGCCCUAGAUCGAGAGGAAGCAGAUGAGAUCACCUUCAAGGUCGUGGCCACCGAUCAAGGUCGUCCGUCCCGCUCGGCCACCGCUGACGUGACCGUCACCCUAACGGACGUCAACGACAACAAUCCUGUCUUCGCCAUGGCGCAGCACUACAUCGCCGUGUCGGAGAUUGACGAGCCUGGUCUGGUGCUGGUCAAGCUUAAUGCCACGGACGCAGAUGAUGGCGUGAACGCGGCUGUCACGUACCUGAUCACCAAGCAGGACCCCGUGACAAAGCCCCCGGCGUUCGGGGUGGACGCUGUCUCUGGAGAGCUGACGCUGGCCGCCAAGUUGGAUUUCGGCAAUGCCACGCGCUACGUGCUGACGGUGGAGGCGGUGGACGGAGGAACACCACCGCUGACGGGCGUCGCCACGGUGAUGGUGCAGGUGGAGGACGUGAACAACAACCUGGUGUUUUCCCGCCCCACCUACAACUUCAGCGUCCUGGAGCACCUGCUCAGCGGCAGCGAGGUGGGAGUGGUGCUGGCCUCCUCUGACAGCCUCCUCCUCAGCGUCAGCUACGCACUGAAGACCCACCAGGACGCAUUCUCCAUUGACAGUUCCGGGUUGAUUCUGACCCGGGUCGAGCUGGACACGGAGACAGAGGCGCUGUAUGUGGUGUCUGUGGAGGCCACUGACACCAGCAAGCCACCUAAUACUGCCCUUGCAGUGGUGACAGUUCAGGUAAAGAAUGUGAACGAGGCUCCAGUGUUUGACAACAAGACCUACAAGGCAGAGAUCUUCAGCAAUGCUCCCUUUAAAACACCUGUCGUUCAAGUCAAGGCCACAGACCCUGACGUGGGGGACAUGCUGCAGUAUUCCCUGGUGGAGCCCAGCUCCAUGUUUGAUAUAGAGCCCUCUAGUGGCCAGGUGUAUGUAGUGUCACUGGAAGGAGAGAGCGGGAAGGAAACCCUGGAGGUUAAAGCUGAGGACAAACACGGACUCCACGCCACAGCUACAGUGGAGGUGACAGUGAAUGAAGUGGCGGACACCAACGUCGUGGUCAUCUCCCUCAACCAGCCAAUCAACGCAGUGGAGAAGAAAGCACCCGAGCUGGAGCAGUCCAUGGGCAGAGUUCUGGGCUGGACCGUCAGGAUAGUCAGCAUCAGCACCAGCAACGGUGGAGCAAGUGACCGCAGCGCUCCCAUUGGUCGAGAAUCCAGGACAUACAUCAGCUUUGUCGCCAUGGAUACCAGUGGCACUGCCAUAGCUGCCGAGAAAGUCAAAAGCAAGUUGACAGAGGAGGAGCAGCAGGUCCAGUCGGAGCUGGAGAAGGUGUUUGGUUCUGGCCUGGAGCACGAGGUGGAGAGGGGCCCCGGGGAGAGCGUCUCCGACCCCAUGCAGACCGCAGUCAUCGCCCUCAGCGUCCUGCUGGCUCUAAGCAUCGUGGGAAUCAUAGUCCUGACCGUGGUCUCUGUCAAAAAAUUCAGGAACAUGAAAAGAGAAAAGGACGAUUCAGAACUAGAUUCCUUUGGCCUCAAUUCACGUCAUAACUCAGUAUCAUCAGGGAAAGUGAAUCCAGCAAACUCUGCUCAGUCGAGUCCGCAGAGCCAGAGGAGGGCGUCCGAGGUCUCUAAGCAAGAGGACAACACCAGUGAAGACGAAAGUGACACAGAUCGACUUUAA